CUUGGUGAGUAAAAAAGUAACUAUCAUCAGUGUAAGCAACAAACAAUUCAUUUCAGUUCAUGAAAGAAAUAUUAUUUGGAAAUCACGUAAAUCAAUAUACGAAACAUAAUGUCUGCAUAUUACGAGCAAUCUUUUGAUAUUGCUAAGCCACAAAUAAAGGUCGAAACAGACAUAAUAGUUGUUUAUACUCAUGUUAUGUUAACAGAUGUCGGAUUUCGUUGCUUGGUAACCAAUUCUGAGCAAGGCGAGAAAAAACCAUCAACUUUUUUACCGAAAAAUUGGAAUGAAAAUAGCGAUAAAUAUUCUUUACGAUACAUACUGGGUGAUGAGGCUUUCGUUAUGAUCGGAACAGUUGUAGAUGAAAAUAUUAUCUUAAAUUUGUUGAGUGAAGAAACUCUCCAAUGUACGGCCAUAGCUUUUUCUAUCAAAGAAACUGUUAAGUCGAUUGAUGGAGCUACUUUGGUGGAACUUGUUCCAAACUAUAAACAAGUAUCAUCACGGUUGGAUGAAUUGCUAAUUGCACCAUUUCGAAAGGUCAGCCUAAAUGACAGUGGAUCGUCUACUUCUUCGGGUGAACGUGAACGUAGGAUUGGUGCUUAUCGUAAUCCCGGUUUCGAAAGCGAUUCACCACCUAAAUAAAAUGAAGUGAGCGAUUUUCGUAAGGAUUGAUUCAGUGCAAAUUUUCAUUACUCUACUGAAUGAGGUUAAUUAGUCACUAUCACUAUUAAGUGAAAUACAAUAAAAAAAAAUAAAAAAAAUAUAUAUUUAUUCUGUACAAAAACAGAGCUGAUGGAAAAGAAACUAAAAGCAAUCUGAUUUUAAACAAAUAAAUUGUAAAAUAGUUAAAGCCGAA